CCCACGGUUUCUGCCGCUCUGUCUGUCUACCGGUAACAGGUCCAACGAUGCGAGACAGACAGUCUACGGUGUACAGUAAUGUAUUGUAUGUAUGAAUAUGAAUGUAUGCCCGUUGGUACUUCAGCAGUGAAGAAAACCCUUGAUCGUUUGCCCCGUCGGUUCCCACCUACCCCCUCGUCCGUCGUCCCUCGUCGUCCCGGUCCCAUCGCCAGCGUCCUUGCGAGAUCCCGGCACCUGUCAGGAUUUCUGCACAGGAUUAGAGCAAUGCACUGGCCAAGGGCACCCGCACUAGGACGUCCUCCCCGGAGCAGCCAUUCCCUUUCAGUGUUAAUCCUACCCGACUGGCAAGUCACGUCGUCGCCUGAUUAUCCUCAAAACGAACGUCCUUUCCACUACUUCGUGCCCCCCCAAGCCUACCUCAAGCCAUCGCCGCUCAUAGUCCCGUCCUCCCGCGUCUUCCCCUUCGAGAGAACCCCUUCUUUCAACCUUCUCCCGCUUUGCCGCACUCGGUCUCGUACCAUCUUUUCUCUUUUGUUCCUCCUUCUCAAGUCUACACCAGGGAAUAAAACACACUUUCCACCAUCUGCCCGAGCAAUCGCAAUCGCGACCACCGAUCGGCCGACCGAUAGCAUCCGGAUUUGGCACCAAACUCGCCAGUCCUCUAUUUCCGUCCCUUGGGGUUUCCGCGAGAACCCACUCCGUCGCCCCCCUUUACUGGCCCUUUACUGGUAACCUAAUCAACCUCGACGAGAACGACAAAACCCAUUCUCCUUUUCUACUCGCAGCCGCCAAACAAAAUCAACAACCUCCCCUUCCCCGGCAUCCCGUCACGGGUCAUGACAUG